GCGAGGUCGAUCGUCACGGCUCGCAAACGCAGCCCUUGGCAACGACAUGGUUGCAAACCGUUGCUUCUAAAAUAAUUGCGAGCGCGACGUAGGAAGGGCUGCGGCGGAGGGCAGCCCAGCACCAAAGAUGGCGGCAGCCCGCAGCCGCAAAAAGCAAAACGGCGUCCUGCCCUGGAUCGCGUUGCUUCUAUUAGCGGUAGUAGUAGCAACAUUCGUCUACGCCCACGUGCACGUCGUGUCGCAGCACGGCACGGCUGUACAUCCGCACAUGCCGCCGCCGCGGGCAAGGCAGCUCGAGGAACCCGUGAUACCAACAAUGAUUGAGACGCCGGCACCAUCACAGACAAAACGCAAGAAGACGAUCAACGAUAUCACAAAUGAACUGGACCCCAUGGACCGGCUGCUCGAGCAGUCGCGGAUGCGCGCGGAACGAGGGGACGUCUGCGCCGACGAUGUUUUUAUUGUGCACUGGACGCACGUGCCGAAAGCGGGCGGCACGGCCUUCGCGGGCAUGGCGAAGAAGAUCUCCUGCGCGCGGAACCCGGCCAUCGCUUCCUCGAACCCGUGCUGCGUCCGCGACGUCUGCGUGGCGGAAGGGUCGUGCCAUUCCACCGCUUCCACGUGUCCUCUAGUGCAAGGAAUAGGCAAGCACACGUCGAACAUGGGUCGGUUGGCGCUCGUGCCGUGCUGCGGGCGGGAGUGGUACCUGUCGACCGUGAUCUCGUUCUUGUGCCGACGCGGCGUGGGAAGCGGCCUUCAAUAUGUGUCGCGUCGAUGGCAUAGUGGGGCGCGAAGUCCACACGCGCCGUCGCGGCGAUGGCGUGCUGGUGUGGUAGAAGUGCUACCCUCGAGACGACGCGCCGCGCUGAUCAACUUGGUGUGGCCGCACGAUGGCGUAGAGGGUGGCGUCGACGGUCGUCGUCCGCGCAGGCGCUACGCGAUCCGGCCGGCGCCGACGGACGACGAGCUGGCCAAGUUCGGCCUAGCUUAUGAUCCGCAUCGACCGUACCACCCCGUAUAUAACGGUGCAGCAAUCAAAGCGUGACCUCCGUGAUAGAUGGCACGCACGGAUACCACCUUCGAACGUCGCCGCGAUGGCGUGCCGGUGGGGUAGAAGUCUCAUCAAGCCGUCGAGCAGACGCGGUCGCGUCGAUGGCGUCACGUGGACACUGAACCCCAUGCCGCGCCAUCGCCGAGAAACGACACCGAUCGAUGUCCGCACAGGUCAAAGUGAAAAAGGAGCGGCUCACGGGAAAAAGUGCGGCGCCCAUGGGCGCCCUCGCGGCGACGGCGGGCAUGGGCAAAGGGACCCAAUUAGCUCUACGAGCCAAAGGUUAUGCCAGUUGGCCGGUAGAAAAGAGGGUCGAAUUUUUUGCGAAGACCGGAGUCAAUUGGGCGGAGCUGAAGAAACGAUUGACCGAGAAGCGCAUGGCUCCUAAUGAUGACGAGUCUACCGGGUUGCUGAAGGAGUUAAGAGCUGUGUAUGAUCGCGUCGCCCUCCCGAAAAAUAUGACGUAUGGUGGCUCGCAAAAACAUAGAUUUCCGCGACCGGGCGAGCCUUCCCUACAAGCUCGCUUCUGUGCGAAGUCCUCGAGAGACUUGGUGGAGGGCAUAGACCGCCCCCACGAGUGCUGCCACAAGCGAGGAGUAGGAGCUUCAAGCGCCACGAUGAUCCGCCAACCCUGGGUGCGGGGCGUCUCGGCCUAUUUUUAUCGAGGCCACAAUCCCAAUUAUGACGCUUAUAAAUUACGACCGGGCCUCUGGGUCCAUCCGAACGAUCGAAAACUGUAUCCAGCACUCAUCGGUCAAAAAACAUACACUUUUAAGGAGUACCUCGGCAUGCCCGAGUAUCAAAAUGUGAUCACGAAGAUGUUCGGGGAUAGCGCGGAGUGCCCCCAGGUGCAGCACUGCCGGCGGAAGCCUGGCUCGGACAUUUCGGCUACUUGCGACAUGGUGACCGGGUGCCACGGGUACCGGAACACGACCUACUUGAACGAGGAACACAUUGAUGCAGCAGUGGAGAGUUUGAAGGCGCAUGCCUUCGUGGGGUUGCUCGAGGCGUACAACGCUUCCGUGUUACUGGCUGCUGCGGAGUUCGGCGUUCAUAAUCUCGAGGAGGACGAUUUUGCCCAAUCUAGACCGUCUGCCGCUCUCCAGGCGGACUGUAGUCCGUCUCGGGUCUUGCGGGCGGACGCCGACGCGUGUCGAGCGGCCUUCUCGGCGUAUUCCUUGGACAAUAUUGUGUAUGAGCGAGCUCACAGACUAUUCUGCGAUCGCCUGGACGUGAAAGGGCUGCUUGAGCGAGAUGAUGUUCGCAAGGAGCUUACGAAGAGAAAACUCUGUGGCGAGGUCGACUAUUCGAAGGUAGAGCACGUCUGCGGCCCUCUGGAGACGCCCGCGGCGUUUGAGAAAUUGAAGACGCUGCGCGCGGCCUGCGUCCCGGGGGGCCUCGGCCGUCUCAAAAAGAACCCGCGCCAGCCGCCGCCUCUCCCCAGACCGCGGGAGUGGUGGCUGAGCACGUACGGCUAUCACUACGACGGCGACCGGACGCCGGCGAGCUAACUAACUAUAUUUUGGUAUU